AUGUUUUUCCUUCCGACAGAAAAAGUUUUUCCUUCCGACAGAAAAAGUUCUUCCUUCCGACAGGAAAAAUUUUUCCUUCCGACAGGACACAAACGGAUGACUGACGUUCCUCUUCCUGAAUGCCUUCCAAAGCCAGAAGAACCGAAAGCUGCAGAACCACAACAGUCUCCUCAGCAACCUCAGUUCCAGCAAGUACCUCCGAAUUACUACCAAUUUCCACCUCAAGGUUACUACCCACCACAAGGCUUCCCGAACUACCCUCCUCAGCCUAUGCCUUACUUCCCCAACCCUUGGUUGUUCCAGCAAGCUCCACCCCAGCAAUUCCAAUUCCAAUCUCAAUCGAAGAGAGACCAAGACUUCGAAGAAGGUCUGAACCGCUUACGCAAAGAGUAUGCUACAGAUCCAAUUGAGAGAAAGUUGUUCCCGGACCAAAAAAUAAUGUUUAGGGUAGAUGGUUAG